GAUGUGUCACAAGGUACGGAAGUUCCAAUGAGGAGGAAAGCCUCCACUGUGUGCAGUGAGUGUGGACCAUGGGAGGAGCAGCUGUGGGCUGUGGAAGGUUCAGCAAUCCCAGUCCAGUCCUGGACCUGGCUCUGGAGCCUUCCCGUCAUUGGGAUUGAGAGGUGCCUGAGUCACUAGGUCCAGGGCUCUUUCUCAGCCUGUGCUCCUCCCUCCCUGAACUUCAUACACCCAAGCAGCUUGAGUCAUCGUGGAAGAAGGUUGUGGAGAACAAUGACAAGUUGGAUGAGGAAGCAAAGAGGGCUGAGAAAGCAGAAGUGGGGUGUGGACACCAGAUCCUCUGUUUUUGAGGCUUGAAAUUGGUACCCCCCCAGGUGCCUGGCAUUGCAGGGGUGACAGCUGUGCUGCAGACAUGACCACGUGGGACUGGAUGGUGUGGCUACCUGCAGCUCUGCUCCUUUUGCAGGUUCCAGGCUGUUCGUCUCUGCGUGGCCCCGACUCCGUGUCGGGCACCGUGGGGGGAUCCCUGAGCGUGCGGUGUCAGUACAAGGAGGGAUUCAGAGACCAUGACAAAUACUGGUGCAAAAGCCCCUGUGUGUGGAAGAAGAUCGUGGAGACCACAGAGUCACAGAGAGAAGUGACGAAAGGCCGCGUGUCCAUCAGGGACCAUCCUGCAGACCUCACCUUCACAGUGACCUUGAAGAGCCUCACAGAAGGCGAUGCAGGAACAUACAAGUGUGGGAUCGACACACUGUGGGUUGACCCCACCUUCUCCGUUGUGGUGUCUGUGACCCCAGGAGACCCCAGUUCUGGGAGGCCCACCAGCUCCUCAGUUCUUUCUACGAUCCUUCCAGCAUCCACGUGGAGCACCACAACCCCACAGGAGACCUCCAACAGCAGGCAACGUCCUGGGGAGAGGACAUUUCCCUGGAGUCCUGCAGGAUUGAGGAGCCAGCUCUCAGGUGCCUGCAGAAAUCAGUCUCCAAGGACAGGAAAGAGCAAGUGCCCUGGAUGGAGAGUCAUCCUGUUGAAGACCAGGCCUCUGACGGAGGGGAGAGGUCCCUGCUCAGCAGGAUCUACUUCCUGCUCCUGAUCUUCCUGGAGGUGCCCUUGCUCCUGGGCUUCCUCAGUGCUGUUCUCUGGGUGAACAGACCUCAGAAGGGCUCUGGGGUGAGGCGGAGACCGCCUGAUAAUGAAAACCAGUAACACCAAGACCCACCCACUGCGACCCGCCCAGAACACAGUCCCUCUGAUGGAUGGGAAUGGCCCUCUGAACAAUUCAUCCAGCCAUUGUCUGUAUUCCCAUCAGAAUACUCUGUAAACAUUUUUGUGACUUUUCCUGCAAUGUAUCAUAGACAUGGAGAACGUUCCCAAUAAAUGCACACUCCUUAAAUUCCAAAUA